AUGAAAUUAUAUGUAUUUAUUUUGUUACUUCCUAUAACAAGAGGUGCUUAUAUGAACUGGAUACAGUUACCAAAGGAUGAGCCUAAAAUGACAAUUGAAAACAGUCGUCCUGUACCAGAGUCUCAGCAACCUUCAAACUUGGGAUGUUUUCUUUGUACUCAACUAUUGAGCGUUACUAAACAUCGGGUGGGACUCAGUCAGAACCAACUUCGAAGUUCGUUGUACGAAAAAUGCAGAAUGCUUCCAGCUGUGUUCAAGGACCAGUGCUUCUCUUUUGUUGAAACGUCAUUACCAGAAAUCUACUUUUCGCUUAACUAUGACUUCUCGACAAAAGACAUUUGUGUUCGCCUCAAUCUGUGCGACGAGAAAAAUCCUUUCGCGGUUGGAGGACCUCCACCCGAAACUGGCUCUGAAACAUAUCAAACAACAACAGUCAGUCCAACCACAACAAACCCUCGUUGGACAACCACAUCCUACAUGAGGCCAUCAAAUGUGUCGAAGAAGGCCCCAAAAGACAGAAUAGGGAACAAAAACAUGGAAGUUCAUCCUAAAGAGGAAGAGCAGAAUGUGAAUUUCAAUUUGGAAAACAAACAACUCACAUGCAAUUUCUGCGAGAAAAUGCUCGAAAAUGCCAAAAAUUAUGCGGUCGUGACGAAGGCCGACAUCGCCAUGUUUGCAAACAGUGCUUGCACGAAAUUACCGAAAGGAGAUAUUGCUGAUAAAUGCUAUCAAUUAGCAGAUAAAAAAAUAGCAGAUUUGGCUAAAUUUGUGGAUCAACAAGUUGUGGAAGCUUUAUGGUGUGCUGAACUCAAUGAAUGCUAG